GCUUGGCGGCGGAGCGGCGGAGACGAGGAAAAAGAGACACAACAACAGCCAUUGUAGCUCGUCGUGUUGCCGCGCCCCCGUCCAACAGCGCCGCCUAACGCAUUUCCUCGAUUCCAUUCCAUUCGACUCGACACACCACCACCACCAUGCAAAAGGUGCUCCAGCGCACCGCCAUGGCCAAGCGGCAAGCGGCGCGCAAAGCCCGCAUAGCAGAAGAGGCCGACCGGGCCGUGAAGCGGCGGAUGGAGCGGCGCGAGAACCAGCAGAUCGAGGCGCUGGUGCGGCAGAGCGUGAAGCAGGAGCGGGCCUGGCGGCGCGAGGACUACGAGCUGGGCCCGCUGAAGCCGCGCCGCGACGUGGGCGACAACUACGGCCUCUGGGGCACCGUCGACCCGCAGCGCCUGCAGCCCGUCAAGACGGACCCCAACACGCGCCUCAAGUUUGCGCCGUUUGCCCCCGGCGAUCGCGUCGCCAUUAUGCGCGGCAGGGAUACGGGCAAGAUUGGCGAGGUGCGCGAUGUUGACGAUGAGGCGCAGGCAGUCCAUGUCAAGGGCCUGAACCUGGCCGACGUCUCCGUCCCCGAAUACAUGCGCGACUUCGAGAACGACCCACGCGCCUACCGCACCGUCGAGCUGCGCAUCCCCUUCGCCGACAUCCGCCUGGUGUACCCGCUCCCGCACCCCGAAACCAACAUCCCGCGGGACGUGCUGAUCGAGCGCGUCGUGCGGCGCCGCGCCGGCGUCGACCGCUUCGGCCGCGACACGUACACGCGCCACGUCCCCGGGACAAGCGUGCACAUCCCGUGGCCGCGCGCCCCCGCCCCCGCCGAGCAGGACACCGACUCGGACACGCUGCGCAUCACGAGCGAGGCGGCGACGUUUGUGCCGACGCUUUUGCGGCCCCCCAUGCCGGCCUCUGUCAUCGACGAGCUGCGCAACCCGUUCAGCUAUUUCCGCGACCGCCACGACGCCGCGUACGUUGAGCGCAAGGCGGGCGAGGACGCCGCUGUCCGCGAGAAGCGCCUCAUGUCGCGCCAGAUGAUGACGCCGCUGAAGGAGCUGCAUGCCCGCCAGCGCAUUGAGAACCGUGCGAAGGGUAGGCAGGAGCUGCCCGAGACGGCGCUGGCGAAGAUUGGCCGCUUGAUGGCGGCGAAGAAGGCCCAGGAGAAGGCUGCUAGGGCUGCUGCUGCUUGAGUGGGGAGGGUGUGUAGGGAGCAAGAAGGGCGGGGCGGGACGUGCAGAUUACGUGGGUGUGUUUGUGUAGAUAUAUCGAUGUGUGUGUGUACAAGAGCAACAAAAAAGAGCAGCAACCAUCCCCAAC